AUGACUACCCCCAUGCAGCUGGCACGGCAGACUUCGCAGCCGGUACUUCCAGCCCUGACGGUGAUUGGCCCCUUGCCCGUUGGAUUGCCUCGGAGGUUCUCAAACGAAAGUCUCAAGGGACCGGCUGGUCUCAGCGUCUUGGGCGUGAAGGCGGCAACAGCCUCUAUGGAUGAUUUCUACUUGCCCACUAAAUUUCUACCACCCAUAAUCUUCAGGGGUGAACCCAACUCCAGGCCAAGACUUCUUCCUCGUCGGGGCCCUCCGGGCACACAUGAUCUAGCCCUGUGCUGCGGCGUGUUGAGACGCAUCAAGGAGAGAGAACCGUAUGUUUCUACAGGAAGUGAAGUGCAGUCCUGGAACAUCAUGCUGCCCAAGUACGACAAGAGUCAAAUGAAUGGAACGGGGGAUAGAUCACGUGAAGAGGUCCCGCUGGAUGCAGCGGACCUCGACGUGUUUCUGUUGGAGGGAUGGAUGCUUGGUUAG